AUGACUAGCAUAUCUUACUUGUACAGCUCUCCAGACUUGAUCAACUACUUCAAAGAGACUAUUGAGAAUAUUGAGACUGUGGUCUCCCAAAUGGAAGAAGAAACUGUGGAAGACAAUCCUACGAAAGACCGUCGGGCCAUCGAUCUGGCUAAUGCCGUUCAAAUCAAACAGAUCCAAGAACAAAUUUCCAGUUAUUGCGCUCCUUGGUCCCUGACGCAUCCGAUUCGCAUAGCAAGCUGGUCACCUACGACUGCAUCUAGCACCCCCUCAAUGGGAAGCUUGGCUACCAAGAAAUAG